CUUGGUGCUGCCAAGGGAUUGUGAACACAGACAUUUCAAUUUGUUAAUAAAGGUCGAUGCACUCAAUUCCACUCAAGAAAUCAUCUACAGUUGCUAAAAUGAAUGACCUGUGGAAUUCAACAGCUUUUACAGAUAAUGUCUACAUAUCAAAACGCAGUAUUAGAAAGAUUCUCAUCAGCAAGAGGCAUUAUCUGCCUGUGGAGAGUAACAUUACUGACACCAUGAAAAUGAGCUUUAAUCUACCCAGUGAAGAGGACAUCAGUGCUUCUGCCAGCUGUGAUGAAAAUAAAAACAAAAACAUAACAAUCCAAGAGAAUUCUAGAAGUCAAGCUACAUGCCACCUUCCUGAGAAAUAUUCUGAACAAUCCUCUGAAAAGGAGAGAGAAGUGGAUGUAACUGAUGUGAAGGCUGAGCUUGGAUCUGACCCUGAGCCUGGAUCUGAUUCCCGACUGAAUCAUGAGCACUUGGAAGCGACCAGCAUCACCAACAUGAAAGUGAAGCAGGAGGUGGAAAUGACUAUGCCAUAUGAUCUGGCAGCGAUUCCACAAGAUCAGCAGGAGACUGUGGGGGAUGAAUGCGAGGUUGAGGGUAACCUGAACUCUUCCCAGAAUCAGGUUUUAAAAAGUCAAUUUGUGUUUGCAGCCAUGAAGAAGCGAGGAAUGGAGGGAGACAUGGAAAACCGUCCAUACAAGUGCCCCUACUGCAGCUGGGCUUUCAAAAAGUCUAGCAACCUUUUGAGCCACAUUGAUACUCACCAAGGUCUUAAACCGCAUGUUUGUGACCUGUGUGGGAAAGCCUACUCGCACCAAGGUACUCUUCAGCAGCACAAGCGGCUACACACAGGCGAAAGACCGUACCAAUGCCCAUUUUGUGAGAAAAGCUACAUUUGGUCCUCUGACUUCCGCAAACACAUUCGAACGCACACUGGAGAGAAGCCAUACAACUGUGAGGAAUGUGGCAAGGACUUUGUGCGUUCCUCGGACCUGCGGAAGCACGAGCGCAACAUGCACACCAACAACAAGCUGUUCCUCUGCAAGCAGUGUGGCCAAACCUUCAACAAACCCCUAUCUCUUCUCCGUCACGAGCGCAAGCAUUUGGGUGAGAGGCCCUUUGUUUGCCCGGAGUGCGGGAAAGCAUUUGCCCUAGCCAGUCGCAUGACAGAGCACAGGAAAAUCCACAGCAGCGUGCGUCCCUACACCUGCUCCGUUUGCUCCAAAGCUUUCACCAAGUCCUCCAACCUCGCUGAACAUCUCACAGUUCACAGUGGAGUGCGGCCACACAAGUGCUCAGAGUGUGGAGUGGCAUUCGCCAUGGUGUCCCGGCUAGUGCGACACCAGCGUAUUCACACAGCUGUGUGCUCCUAUCACUGCCAAGGCUGCGAUAUGUCAUUCAGCUACCUUGCGGCACUCAAGAGGCAUCAGAAGCAGCAUGGAGAGGGCACAAUCUUUGUAUGUGGGCAGUGCAGUAAAUCUUUCCCACAGGAUUCCCUGCUUACAGAACACAUGCAGAGCCAUGCUGACGCUGAGACUUGCAUUACCUAAGUACUGUUACUGAAGUAACUGGAGGAUAGCAAGUAAGCCUGGGUUAUCUAUCUAUCUAUCUAUCUAUCUAUAUAUCAGUCUUAACAACAUAUUAUAUUUAGCUAGAAUUAAAAAAAAACAUUUGAAAUGACUUAUGCCUAUUUUUAUUAGUGUUAACUGUAGGAAAUUGUGGGGACCACUGUUGAAAUACUUCAAAUAAACCACUGUGUAUAUUUCUAGUAAAAGUACACACUAUAAACACACUGGUGACCCAUUUGUAAAAUGUUAUUCGAAGCUUAUAGCCUCUUGCCAAACAAGGUAGUUUCUGUGUGUGAGAGAAAGUGAUAAGGAAUAUUGUGAAUUCUCUUAGAGGUGUUGCAUGCAUAGAGCUAUUUCAAGUUAGAACAUAUGUAUGUGGUGAUACUAUAUUUUGGCACUAAAUGUAUGCAGUAGGAGAAAAUGUGUAAUUGCAUUUUGAGGUUGCGGAAAUAGGGCUGGUGGUACAUGUUAUAUGGUGAAUUAAAUUAAUUAUGAACUGUUACCUCUUCUUUUAUGCAGUUAAAACUCCGA